AUGGGUGUCAUCUUGCAGGAUAUUGUGUGUUCCGUCAAUAUCCAGCAUAACUGCAUUGAUUUGGGUUGCACCAACACUGGUCAGCAACCUGUAUAUCAAGAACAGACCCUAACAUCUCGCUCAAGGUGCAUUGUUCAACACAAGCCGACACCACACUACAUCCUUAAUGUGUACUCUAUUCAUAACUAUGACUACAUAUGUCUUGUUAUGCCUGAUACCCUUCACGAGACGCCGCUGAGAGUCACCAAUGUGGCUGAAGUUCGAGCAUUGGCAGUACAGCAAAUGCGGGAGAAGUGA